CGUCUGUCUUUUUUAACUCCCCAUUUUUCUAGUUUUAAACAUAAACAAAUCACACUAUCAAACCAUAAAAAAUCAUAGUUAACGUUUACAAACGGAAGAUUCCGAAAUUGAAGAUAACAAUUUUGAAGUGAAGUUACCUAAAAUAUGCUGAACGUGAAUGUUGGCCUUCUUGGUCACGUUGAUUCCGGUAAAACUUCGUUAGCUAAAGCACUAAGUGACAUCGCUAGCACGGCAUCGUUUGAUAAAAAUCCGCAAUCGCAACAACGAGGAAUAACACUAGACCUUGGUUUUAGUGCCUUACAGAUCGAUCUACCGGAAAAACUGAGAUGCCAUGAUCGCAAAUUGGAACGGCUGCAAUACACAUUUGUUGACUGUCCCGGUCAUGCAAGUUUGAUUCGGACAAUUAUUGGUGGGGCUCAAAUUAUCGAUAUUAUGAUUAUGGUGAUAGAUAUUAGCAAAGGCAUUCAAACACAAACAGCAGAGUGUUUGGUAAUUGGUGAGCUCACCUGCCGUAAAAUGCUUGUGGCACUCAAUAAAAUUGACGCUUUAGAAGAUAGAAAGCGGGCUUCCACUGUAGAAAAGAUGCGCAAUGGUAUUAGUAAAGUCCUAGAGAAAACAAUCUUUAAGGGUGCACCAAUAGUGGAAAUAUCCGCUAAUUGUAGAUUAAACUUAGAUAAACUUAUAGAAGCACUAAAAGAAAUCUCGCAUAUUCCAGAACGCAAUAUCAUGGCACCAUUUCUAUUUGCCGUUGAUCAUUGUUUUGCUAUUAGAGGGCAAGGUACGGUGUGUACUGGAACAGUUCUUCAAGGAAAAAUAAAUUUAAAUGACGAUGUGGAAAUUCCCAAAUUAAAAAUUGUUAAAAAAGUCAAAUCAAUGCAAAUGUUCAAACGGAACGUGUCUUUAGCUCAACAAGGAGAUCGUGUUGGAAUUUGCAUAACACAGUUUGACCCCAAGCUGAUAGAACGGAGCCUGCUUUGUAAACCAGGAUACGUCAUGAAUGUAUAUGCUACAGUUAUGUGUAUAAAUCGCAUUAAAUAUUAUAAUGGAUUAAUACGAAACAAAGCAAAGUUUCAUAUAACGUGCGGUUACGAAACUGUUCUUGCAACUGUUACUCUUUUCAAAGGCGAUCGGUGUAGCUUUAAUCAAUCAUUGUUGUACGAAUAUAUGGAAGAAUAUGGUCCAGAUACUGUAAUAGAAUCAACUAAGGCCGUAUUUGCUCUGUUAGAAUUGGAAAAACAUAUACAAGCCGCACCAAACGCUCUUUUGAUAGGAUCCAAACUUGACGCUGACGUACAGGCAAAUCGGUGCCGAUUGGCUUUCUUUGGUCGCCUGGAACUCUGCACAGCUGACAAAAACUAUACUAGUAACUUACUACCACAAUUGAAAAUCUACAAAGAAAAGUCCAAGAUCGGAACUGUCCAGCGGGUAGUUAAUGAACAGGAAUUAAUAGCUACUGGAUUAUUCAAGAAAGAAGGUAGCAACCGACAAGACUUUGUUGGUUUUCGUAUCCGCCUGAGUACAGGUGAGUGGGGAGUUAUUGAUGAUACGUUUGGAGCAGGUUCGAAAGUUCGACUGCGCUUUAUGGAGCCUCUACCUGCGGCAACCCUCAGUCGUCUGGAAAAAAAAUCUACUAUUCCCCAGGACCCAAUCAAGGUCGAAUUAAAGUUUAAAAAAAAGUUUCUGUGCAAAAAUAGUACUAGCUAUAAAGUGAUACAGUGACAUUAUCAGUUUACUAAACUAACUUCAAAACUAUUGGUCAAUGAUACGAAUAAUAUUUAAGGAAUUUCACAGCAUGCAUAAUAUAUAUUCCCACGGUUCAAUGAAGUAAAUUCUAAAUUUUUAUCUAAUUUACUCUUCCCAUUUUUUCGUGAUUCCUUUUUCUUCGUGGUCGCAUUAUUAACGUUUGCCACUCAACCUUCUUUAAAAUGUGGAUAAAUUUUAGGUUUUUGAGGUUAUUUUAAUUUUUUAUUCGUUUGCUAUUCUUUAAUUAAAUACAAAUGGUGAAAGUAUAAUCUAUUUUUUCCUGUUCUUAUAAAGAUAGACUAACUGAGAUUAAUGGGGUAAUAUUUGGAAUGAUAUAUUGAACACUUAGUAAAAAAGUGCACACCUUUUUAAAACCCACACUAAUUUUCUAAUCGGCUCUUUUCAAUGGAAACAUAAUUU